UAAAGUGGAGCAGUGAGAUAAAUGUUAGAACAGUCAAUAAGUAAUUGGUUCUUUUGAUACACAAAUACAUCAAAAAGAAGCAUUUGAAGCUGCCUGGCUUGACGUUCGUGAGGUCUUUUCCGGUAAAGUGAUGAGAGAUGCGCCUUCAUUGGUCUCAGGCGAUUUGGCGGCACGUGCAGAGUGUGGGACUGGCCGAGACGUAUCGCCGUAGACUCUGCGUGUUCAACUACGUGAGAAUAUUCCUGGCUCUGCAGUUCCUGCCAGUAGGUCACAUCAUGGCCGCCGUGCCUUCCGGUAAACUGGCAGAGACGGCGACGACUGAAGCCACCCAUUCACUCACCGCCUAUAUGGAAAGGCAGCGGCUGACGAAUCCCGUUUUGCGGUUGAAGAUUGGUCCAUAUUCAGGCAGACUAUCUGUACCAACAACGAUGCUGAAGGAAUGUUAUCAUGCAUCGACAAACAAAAUAAUUUAUUUAAAUGGGUGGCAUAACCGUCUGAACCAGAAGCUUAGCUGGAGAGAGUGGUCUGGGAUUCCACAGCAUCGAUCGUGCCAUACUUCGCCGGGAGGCCAUGCAUGUUCACCGGAUGGCAGUAGAGUCCGAGGAUCCGGAGAGAGAGGGGGCAACGUUUGUUGUCUGCGGCAAGAAAGGGCGAUUAGGACUCUAGCAGACCAGUACAUGGAUGGGGACACAGGGCAGUGGGAUAUCUCGGCAAGAUCGGAGAUGUGUAUCGUCUUCGGAUGUAAUCUGUUUUUACAUGUAUAUCAGUCUUCAAUCCUUUUUCCUCAGCAAUUGUGGAAUGCUGAUCUAUUAUUGUCAUAUCAUUAAACAUAUUCUUUAAAACAAAUGAAAUGUACA